AUGCCUAAGGGCUCCAGCCAUGCCAGCAGAUCCAUCCUGCCUCCUUCACUGGAGCAGCAUGGAAAGGCAGAGUCCCUGGUCCAGGCAGCAUCAGCUGUUUGCAAUUUCAGCCAACCUGGAGGCACUGUCAAGGUCACCUACUCUGGGAUUAGCUGGCCUUACACUGCCUGGUACCAGCAGAAGGUCCCUGGCAGUGCCCCUGUCACUGUGAUCUAUUCUAAUAGCGAGAGACCCUCGAACAUCCCUUCGCGAUUCUCCGGAUCCUUGUCCGGCUCCACGGGCACAUUAACCAUCACUGGGGUCCAAGCUGAGGACGAGGCUGUCUAUUUCUGUGGUAGCUACGACAGCAGUGGUACUGGUAUAUUUGGGGCCGGGACCAUGUUGACCGUCAAAGGCGAUGGUUCCCUGGUCCAGGCAGCACCACUGAGUCAGCCGUCCUCAUUGUCAGCCAAGGUGGGAGAAACCAUCAAGAUCACCUGCUCCGGUGGCAAUGGUAACUAUGGCUGGUACCAGCAGAAGGUCCCUGGCAGUGCCCCUGUCACUGUGAUCUGGUACAACAACAAGAGACCCUCGGACAUCCCUUCGCAAUUCUCUGGAUCCACAUAUGGAUUAACCAUCACUGGGGUCCAAGCCGAGGAUGAGGCUGUCUAUUUCUGUGGGAACUAUGACAGCAAUGCUGGUUUUGUGGUCCAGGUGACGUCACUGAGUCAGCCGUCCUCAUUGUCAGCCGAGGUGGGAGAAACCAUCAAGAUAACCUGCUCAGGGAGCAGCAGUGAGUAUGGCUGGUACCAGCAGAAGGUCCCUGGCAGUGCCCCUGUCACUGUGAUCUAUGAUAACAGCAGGAGACCCUCGGACAUCCCUUUGUGA